UUCAUUUAACACGUUCUCUCUCUCUAAGAUCGCGAACCCUAGUCUUCUCUAAGAUCUUUCACCAUUUGGCCAUUCUAAUCAGACCGGACCCUUAGGUUUUACUCUCUCUAUCGGUCAUCCGCGGAAACCAUGGCGUUCUUCCUCAACAAAGCCACCAUUUUCCGUUCUUCUAUCAAUAAGACGGAAGAUGCGUCCUCUCUCUCGCGUCGCAGAUUCCAUGUUGAACCAGGGCUUCGCGAGAAGGCUCUCUUAGCUGAAGACCCAGUCCUAAGUCGGUUCAAGUCACAUAAGACAGGUGUUCGCAGAAUCAAACGAAUAGGGGAUGUUCUCACCAUAGUUGUUGUGGCUGGGUGUUGCUAUGAGAUCUAUGUGAGAGCAGUAAUGCGAGAAGAAGCUCGGAAACAAUCAAGUGGUGCAUAAUGAGAGGAAUGUGAGUCGAGUCUAUCCUUUCCCGGGGGUAAUUUAUUUUCUGCUUUUGUUUUAUUAAUAAAUUAAUUAAAAACAACAGCAGGACAAAAUUAAGUUGUCAAUAAAGUUGAUUGUAUAAGAAGGUGUUGC